AUGACCCAGAUCUUGACUCCGCGGCAAGCGGAGGAGCUAAACAAGUCUAUCAUAGCAUACCUCACCUCAGUCAAUCUCCCAACGAUCGCAACGGCGCUACGAGAAGGACUUAAUAUUGGCGAUAGCUUUGAUGCUGCAACCAGCAAGAAAUAUGAGGGCUUGUUGGAGAAGAAAUGGACCAGUGUGGUGCGGUUGCAGAAAAAGAUUAUGGAUCUCGAAUCAAGGAAUGCAAGUUUGCAGGCCGAACUAGACUCUGCUACUCCUACAUCUCUCUCCAAACGAAAUCAGGACCCCACAACGUGGCUACCAAGAUCGCCAGCAAGACAUACGCUCCAGUCGCAUAGGGACGGGAUCGCAUGCGUGGCAUUUCAUCCGGUUUUCUCGUCACUCGCAUCUGGCUCAGAAGAUACUACUAUUAAAAUUUGGGACUGGGAACUGGGAGAGCUUGAAAGGACUGUAAAGGGCCACACGAAGGCCGUGUUAGACCUUGAUUUUGGUGGACCACGGGGAGGGACGUUACUGGCAUCAUGUUCGAGCGACCUUACCAUCAAAUUAUGGGAUCCGAGUGACGAAUAUAAGAAUAUUCGAACUCUCCCUGGGCACGACCAUUCGGUUUCGGCCGUACGGUUUAUACCUAGCGGAGCAGCUGGAUCGCCUUCUUCCGGCAAUCUCCUUGUAUCAGCAAGUCGCGACAAAUCACUACGGAUCUGGGACGUAUCGACAGGAUAUUGCGUGAAAACGAUCCGUGGACAUGCAGAUUGGGUUCGGGACGUUUCGCCAUCUUUCGAUGGCCGAUGGCUCUUAUCAGCUGGGGCUGACCAGACAGCAAGAAUAUGGGAUGCUGCUUCCGGGGAGGCAAAAGCGACCAUGGUGGGGCAUGAACACACUAUUGAAUGCUGUGUAUUUGCACCACCAGCAAGUUACGGAUACCUAGCAACUUUGGCGGGGUUAAAGAAACCCCCACCCGCAAGCAGCUCAGCCGAAUUUGUGGCUACUGGAUCCAGGGAUAGAACUAUAAGGAUAUGGGAUGCUCGAGGGACGUUAAUCAAGACCCUGAUCGGCCAUGAUAACUGGGUGCGAGGCCUAGUCUUCCAUCCCGGUGGGAAAUACAUUCUUAGUGUCGCGGACGACAAGACUUUACGAUGCUGGGACCUCUCCCAAGAAGGGAAGCUAGUCAAAUCUUUAGAUGACGCCCAUGGCCAUUUCGUCAGUUGCAUUCGAUGGGCUCCUGGCGUGAUUAAGGAUGCUCCCCCAGUCAACGGGGAGAACGGAGCAACGCCUAACGGAGUCUCGAAGAGUGAACCUCAAAAAGUUGGCAUACGGUGUGUCAUCGCAACGGGUAGCGUUGACUUGAAUGUUAGAAUCUUUGCUUCAUGA